CACCAAGUUUCUUCAUGCCAUCAGCUGUUCCAAACUAUCAUCCAUAUUAUGGUUCGCCGAUGUCAUAUUCUUCUCAACCACCCGCUUAUUCUUCUACUCCGACGGAUAAUGAAAUUGCUCAAAACGUUGGAGCAACUGAAUUUCCCGAAUUUUCUACACAGGUGACUCUUGGUGGUGUAAGUGAAGCUAAUGAAGCCACUCCUCGUGCAGACAUUUCAACCCCUGCUACCCGAAAAAGCGUCAAAUGGACCACCGAGCAGAAUUUGGUGCUACUGAGUGGGUGGAUCAAACAUGGAACAUACAUCGUUGUUGGUAGAAACCAGAGAAGCGAAUCAUUUUGGGGUAAAAUUGCUGAAUAUUGUAAUGAGCAUUGCUCAUUUGAUCCUCCGCGUGGUGGAGUAUCGUGUAGAAAUCAUUACAAUUACAUGAACCAAAAAUUGGGAAAAUGGAUUGGUGCUUACGAUAGCGCUAAACGUAUGCAACAAAGUGGGUGGUCAGAGCAAGAUGUAUUAGCGAAAGCGCAAGAAAUCUUUUCUGAUGGUGGUACCGCAAAUUUCACUUUAAUGAAAGAAUGGAUCGCUGUUCGUGAUCAGCCACGUUAUGCUAGUCAGGUCGGAGGGAAUAGUGGCUCUAGAAGCAGUGGUUCUAAGAGAGCCCACGAAAGUGAUGCUAGUGACUCCAACUCAAUAGGAUCCACUGCUCGUCCAAUGGGGAGGGAUGCAACAAAGAAAAAAACUAAAAAAAAAGGUAAGGGCAUAGCCUUGGAAGUGGUCAACGAAGAUUUU